AAUUCAAACGCGGAACGAACAGUGUCUUCUCCAAAGAGUUUUACAUCAAAAAGUUUGGUCAAAAUGAAGUUGGCCAUUUUCUUAGUGUUGGCAGUAGUUGUGAUUGUGGAAUGUUCGCAUACUUUUAUGGGUACCAGCGUACAGCGGGCUAUGGUAUACCAUCACGAUGUUCAGUAUAGCUCCAAGUUGUUCAGGAAAAGGGUGGAAAAUCUGUAUUAUUCGAUGCCCGCUGUGCCUUCGAAUUUUGGACGUGUUAUACAGGGUAUCCUGGCUUUCGACUUGACUUUCUCUGGUGCCUCGGCCAACGUGACACAAGGCGGCAUUGGGUACAACUUCGUUAAUCUCCGAAUGAAGAGUGAUCGAGGGGCGAAAAUACAUUUCGAUGUUUAUAUUUUUGCAUAGGUAGAAUGAAAUAAAUUAAAAGUAA